CAAUCCCGAAGCACAAUGUGUGGAUCAUGUUCGUCUGACAGACCUGCGCUCUGCUCACAUCCUGCUCUCUCAAAGCCUGCUGCUUUCCUGUAAGUACUGAAGUGUCAAACAGCUUUUUCAACUUCUAGAUGUUAAGAAGGCAGAUAUGUCUCUGCUGGUUGAAUAACUCACCAGGACUUAUGAAUGAAAACACAUCACACACAAUGAGGACAGAGAGAGGCAGAGCACGUUAUUGCAUUUGGAGGAUCCUGUCCUGGUGUAAUUGUCAGACCAUAAUGGUGGCAUUCAAAGGGAUCUGGACCAAGGACUUCUGGCGGGCUGUGUCUGGAGAAUACCUGGCCACUCUCAUCUUUGUCCUUCUCAGUCUGGGCUCCACCAUCAACUGGGCUGCAGGGGAGGAGAAGCCUCCCCCAGCUGACCUAGUCCUUAUUUCCCUGUGCUUUGGCCUGAGCAUCGCCACCAUGGUGCAAUGUUUUGGCCACAUUAGCGGUGGACACAUUAACCCGGCGGUCACUGCAGCGAUGGUUGUAACUAGAAAGCUAAGUCUGGCAAAAGCAUUCUUCUAUGUGGUGGCUCAGUGCCUGGGAGGUGUUACAGGAGCUGGAAUCCUUUACCUAGUCACACCUGCUGCUGUCAGAGGGUCAUUUGGUGUAACCAUGGUGAACUCCAACAUCUCGUUAGGACAUGCCCUUCUUGUGGAGCUUCUUAUCACAUUUGAACUGGUCUUCACCAUCUUCGCCACCUGUGAUCCCAAACGCACAGACCUAGGAGGUUCUGCUAGCCUUUCAAUCGGCUUCGCUGUGGUUAUUGGUCACUUAUUUGCAAUCCCUUACACAGGAGCCAGCAUGAACCCUGCUCGGUCCUUUGCUCCUGCACUGGUCACACUCAACUUCGAGAACCACUGGGUGUACUGGGUGGGUCCCAUUCUGGGGGGCAUCCUGGCGGCUGGUCUGUAUGAGUACCUAUACUGCCCUGACCCUGAGAUGAAGAAGAGGCUGAAGCAGGUCUUUCAGAAGGACACAUCAGCAAAGUACAGGGAAGUGGAGACAGAAGAGAUUGCCAUCAAGCCAGGAUUUAUCCAUGCCAUCAAUCUGGUGAAAGCUGAGAAAAAGGAUUCUUUCCAGGACUCAACGGGGGAAGUGCUGUCUUCGGUAUGACUAUCAAAGACACUGGAAAAAGAGACAAAUUUGUAGAGCAGAAUACCAAUCCAAUCUUCGGAGUAUCCAUCUUGAGCAUACCCCCCUUCAAAGCAGUAUAGGAUUUCUCUCCACAAGGCUUCAAAGCAAGACUGACUUACUAUAAUUAAUAGUAAUAGUAUUAUAGCUAAUAUGAUGUUAUGGAUCAAUCCCACACACAUCUACAACCUGUUCAAUACUCCUCCUGAGGCCCUCCCUGAACAGUUUUGUACCAAUGUUGGCAUGUGGUGCACACUGCACCCUGCAGAAUGACAGUCUGCAAUACACUGUGCUAGGGAAAUGUAUGUGGGGUCAACCAAUUAUGUGGGGACAUUACGCUGAUUUGAAGAAAUUAUGAAGAAAACGCAGGCUUGUAAUUUUUGGAUUAGUGUCACAUUUGGUCCGUUACGAUGUAUAU